AUGGAGAUCUUCAAAGCAAACAACCCUGACUGGGCCAAAAUCCAAGUGGUGAUGACGGACAAGGCUGCUCAUGAGAAAGAAGUUCUGCGAGAAGAGCUGCCCGACGCUCGGCAACUCUUGUGUCAGUGGCAUGUGAUUACCUGGCUGAAGGAGCAG